CAAAUACUGCCUUUGGUAGUCGCUCACAAUAAUAAGGUAUAUAAAUCCGAAACACAUAAUAUAUUUCCUCAGCUUAUGUAAAACGUGUACUAGAACAUAAAAAAAUGAAUAAGAAAAAGACAGGUAAGGAAGCGAUUAUUGUAUCAGACACUUUAGAAGCUAAUCACGAAUUACUUGCUUGGGAGAAAUGGAUACAAAUUCGUCGCGAUGAAACAAAACAUUUGGCUAUGAUGACAGGCAGACCUCCUGUAGACCUCACAAUGAAUCUUUUAGAAAAUAUUCGAAAGGACAAAGAGAGAAAAACAGUUCUGGAAUAUGCUCAGAUAGAAUCAAAGCCAUCUCUUCGUGGAGGUUUGUGGGAACAGCCUGUGAGUUUAAAACAGCCAUGCUACUGUAAGCCAGUUUACGAAGUUAAGAGAACUCAAGCUGAAAUGGGGAAACCUCAAAUUAUAGAACAUAUAGGUGUUCCUAAAUAUAUUCAAGAAACUGAAAAAGGAUUGUCUGGUGAAUCUCAACGAGAGCCACAUCACAGACUUGAUGCCGAAUACACGCAGUAUAGAGAUAAACGCGAAAGAGAACUGAGUAAAAAAAUAUUGAACAUUGAUCCCUUCAGACCUGAUAUUGGUGAACUCCUUGUACGUGGAACUAAACCAAAACCCCCUAAGAAAAAGCUGCCGAACCUACCUUCGAUAACUUUUAAAGAAUACUCUGUUUCAUCUCAAAUAUCUACAGUAUACGCUGUCCGAAUAAACAAUACCGUAAUCUAUAAAGAUAUUCCUGAUCAAUCUUUGACACUAUUGGACAAUACGAGAAAAGAGCAAUGGCAUGAAAAUUGUACUUCCUGGACUUAUUACUUUAAAGUUCCUUUAAAAAAAGCAGGAAGAUCUAGACUAUUUUUGGAGAAUCUCGGAACUGUCACUCUCAGAUAUUGUUGGAGGAAAUUGAAAAAAAAAAUUCCUUUCAUAUCCGAAGAAACCUACAAUCAAGUUUUCUUUUUCAAUAAAAAUGAAGAUGUUAUUUCUCCUGGCCAAAGCAAGAUUUUGCACUUUACUUUUAUCUCCGAUAAGCCAGGAAUAUUCAGUGAAGGCUGGGAAUUAAGUUUUUGUAAUAUAUGCUUUUUUGAUACUUUAACCGACAAGUUGAUAAUUAAUUUAAGCGGCGAUUCCAUUGAAGACAUUGAAAGCGUUACUAGAAAAGUGAACGUGCUCAAAGGCAGGAUUGGGAAAAAGGUCAUAACUAAUAUAGUCAGACAUUUGCUUGACGAUGUAUUAAAUAAAGCCUUGACUAUUGAACCGUAUGUAUAUCCAUAUAAGGACUUACUUUUAGAAACCGAAAUGUUUUUAAUGAAAAAUCCCGUAUGUUUCUAUCACCAAACGGAAGUGAUGAAAAUGAAGAACCUAUAUUCAGAAAUGACCAAUGAUGACAACUGGGAUUUAUCAAUUGGAACAUGGAGACAAAAAAUGAUGGAAAAAAAGUACGAUGAAAGAAUGAAAUAUUAUGAAUUGCUGAGAGUUUCUCAUAGUGAACUCUUAAAACCUUGGUAUGAAGGCGAAAAUGUGUUGCAGCAAAAAUACCGAGCAAUGAAAUUGUUAUUGGGAAAUCUGGCAGACAGAAUUGACUUUGAAUAUGAACGUGCAUUGAAGAUGAGUGGUAUUAUACAAGAAUCAGUGGAAUCGAGUAUGGCCACAAGUAGAAAUAAUUCAGUAGUGGAUUUAGAUCCCGACAAACGUUGUUUGAUGCGAAAUCUCUUCUAUUUGUAUACAUAUGAACAUGUUGCUGCAACAAUUGAAACAUGUGCUGGUGUCCUUAGCAGUAUCGAUUUGAAUAGAUGGAUUAAUUUUGACUUUUGUCAAAUUUAAAACCUUGGUACUGUUUUUCAUACAAUCAGUGCAAUCUUUGCUUCAAGUCAAAUAUUUUGUAUUAAUGGAUCAUUUUCAUUUUGAAGUAAUAAAACUUAGUGUGACCA